AUGCAAGGCAAUAGUCCUAAAAGACACGUUUCAGCACUCAAUGCUCACAACAACUACCCAACGAGCAAUACAGCUAUAUGCAAAAGACAGGAUACAAUGCCAUAUCAUCAGAAAACUCAAGCCAGUGAUCCGGCACAACCUAUGAAUAUGAUGCCAUUGUCUGCACCUUCUAAUACUCUCAACAAACUCUCAAAAACCAACAUAUCUAAAGCAGCAGCAGCAGCAGCAGCAGCUACUAUUACGACGGCUGCUAGCACACCUCAACAAGUAUCAAAUGGCCAUGAAACAGAAAACACCAACGCUAGCAGCAACACAUACCAACAAUACCGUGAUUCCCGCAUGAGCCAUUCGUCAGUUACAACACAUGUGCUGCCAAGCCUCAAAGGCGAGCAAUCGAGAAAAAGAACCUUUGAUCAGACCGAGCAUAGUUCAUCCAAAAUUCAAGGCAAUAGUCGCAAAAGCAUCAUCCUCGUUGAAUCUACGUAUAAAGUCAAAGUUCAAUUGAUUAGUUAA